UAAAAGUGGGAUUUUAUGUGUGGGGUUUUAUGAAAUCUCCCCACCUGUUAGGGUCUCCCCGACAGCCUCCUCAUAAAGGGCCGUUUGUAACCCAGUCCCCAGCAGAUCGGUCUGUCACUUGGUCCUCAGCCGAGCCAAAACAUCCCAUCACUACCUGCUGCCUAGCUGCUCAGCUGCUCAGCCGUCCUCCUGCUGCGUGCACUCUAGUAACAUGGCCGUGUCUCGCCUCCUGCUGCUCACCACUCUGGUGCUGCUGGGUGCCAUCAUGAUCACAGAAGGACUGCGUAUGGCCAGUGGCCCCAAGAUGUGCUGCUUCAAGUUUGAAACUCGCCCACUGCCUCAGAAACGUGUGAUAAGCUACAGCCGCAUCAGCAUGCAGUGCCCUAAACCUGGUGUGGUACUUCAGACUCCAAGGCGUCAGGUGUGCGCGCAGCCCUCCGAGGCCUGGGUGCAGCAGAUCAUCAGUGGACUGGACGCCAAGAAACCUGGACAGCAGAGCCCGCUGUGAACAUGAGGCACACACACAAACACACUUGUUUGAACAUGAGGUCUACAGAUACCAACUCAUGUGAACACAAAGCCUACAGACACACACACUCAUAUACUAAACUACAGUGAACUAUAUGAUUUUGAAUGUAGAAAAAUGUAAAGUUACACUAUGCAAGAC